AUGGAGGAGGCCCUGGAGAUGACCGCACAGGAGAGACUCUUCUUCGGGGGAGUCUGUCCAUCGCUCCAGUCCAAGAGGGAACGGGAGGAAGGCCCCUCGGAGAAAAGACCACGGACUGCAGACGCUCUGGCCUCCUUUCAGUCAUCGGCGGCUGCGCAAAUGCCACAGGCACCGAAGGGCAAAGGGAAAGGCAAGAACAAGGGCAAAGCAACUGCAAAGGGUCAAUGGGGAGGCUGGAAUCGACAGUCAACCACCUGGGGCCAGGACAACUGGCCCGCGGGACAGGGAGCAUGGAGCACGCCAUGGACUUCGGAGUACGGUCUGCCGGACAUGGUACAGAAGCUCACCUCCUUGGCGAUCAAACACGAAUAUGCCAUCAACAGCAUGAUGCAGGACCACACGUUAUACCUAUUCGUGAAGCCAGGGGACGAGGGGCUGCUUCCAAUUCUGUUUGCCACCUCGGAGAAAUGGAAUGCUACCCAGCAGACGGAUCCGUCCCAAAUCACGGAACCGCUGCGACUGGUCAUGAUGAAGGCGUUCCUCAUCGAGCUGGGGCAGAGGUUGAAGGCCACGAAAGAUCAACCGGAAUCCAUGCAGAAAGCCAAGGAACUGGGCUGGCUGACGGAACAAGGCCAGUGGAAGACUCUGGUCUGGGACCCGACAGCACAGGAUCUCCGCGAGAAACAGGGAGGCAAGCUACACGUGACGGACGACUUGAUCGGCCAAUCAGUGGAGCUUCGCAAGCUCAUCACGGACGCUGCGCAGCUUUGCACACCAUGGGAUGCCGUCUUCGCAGAGAACGCGGCGGCCUGUCGCAACAGGCCAGAACACUUCGCGGGUGGUGACGAGGCCUGGACCUGGCAUGUUCGUGACGCCAUUCCAGGCCUGCUUCAGAUCCUACAAUGCCUUCUGUGGCCGCUCUGGUGCGACACUACCAGGUCCCAGCAAGUGCAUGGGUUGCUUAAGCACCUUUGGCAUCGAAUCCGCACCACGCCUGACACACCGAUCUCCCUAAAAGGUGACCUCCUUUGGUCUGCUAUCGCGGGGGGAAUACCAUCCACGGUCCAGGCCCCAUACUUGCGUGCACAACUCCAAUACCUGCUACAACACCUUGCACCUGGUGAUACGCCAGGUCCGUGGGAAUGGUGUACAACAGGGGACGCUGCUACACCUGCUUCCGAGCAGGCCGACUUGACGAUUCCCAUGCCAAUAAAUCUGCCCUGGCAGCCUGCUCCUACCGCAGGUGGCCUAUGGGGAUGGGGUGACUCUGCCUUCAGGCCGCCAUCCACCUUGUAUGUGUACGUGCAUGACCAUACUACAGGCCAUACAUCGGCCGCUGGAACACAUACUUCCUGCACGUGGCUGGCUGCUGCCGAGGAGGCAUGUCAGCUCACCAUCGAGCCUGAUGCCAGACCUCCAUACUCAUGCCUGUAUGAGGUACGAUCAAUCGUCUUGCAUCGGAUUUCCGGGGACCCUUGCAGCUACCACGCAGUGCAUCGAAAACUGUGCGAAGAUGUGCUGACACCCUUUGCACCAGCACUGACCGAAGCUGAUCUGUGUGAUAUGCAGCCAUGCAUCUUCGUCCUGCGACGACGCUCUAGCCAGGUACCCUCUGGCUGA